GUAGACAUGCACACACACAGACACAUGGGCACACAUGUAUGAGACAUGAACCUGCAUGUGUGCACACAUGCGGGGGCACAGAUCCAUGCCACACAGAGACACAUGCAUGGGCACACUGACACACAUGUGGACACACAUGUCUACAUAUACAUGUAAACGUCAGAAAACGACAAGGCCCAUGGCAGACCCGCUCUGCAACCACCCUGGCCAACGCCCCACGUCUGCACGGCUGUCACAGGCACUGCAGUCAGAGGUGAAGGGUGUAGACAGUGGUUUCAAAUCCCCAUGCUGUGACCUUGAGCCAGUCCCUGACCUCUGCCUGAACCUCCUCAUCUGGGAAUCAUGGUGACAGCACGGCCACCUCAGCGGCUGCUGCAGGUGUUGAGCUUAACAAAACACACACCCAGCCCGGGCCACACGCAGAAAGCACUUACUGCUGGCCGCUGUUACCACAGCAGCCAUCCCUUUGGCCAGACAGGAGAGCCAAGAAGUGAGGCCUACAGAUAGGGGUGUCCGGGCUGCACAAGCCCUGCACCUGUGGGGCGAUCCCCGCACCCCACCUGGGGCAUGUUCUCUUCCACACGGAAUGUUCCCUCAGAAGCUGCCAGCCAGGCAGCCCCUGAUGGACAGUGGGUGGGGACUAGCCUGUCUCCUAUCUGCACUCAGCUCACUUUUCCACGCCCCCCCCAACAGACAGGAGCAGUGGUGGGGGGGCCAGGUAAGCGCUAGCUGCGGCUGUGCUGCCAUCACCAUGGUGACAGCUGAGGUCGCUCCGAGCCUUUGCUGGCAAGUGAAGGGUGGGCUCCUUUCAGUGGGAGUCAUGGACCCUCCAGCAGCCGUGGGGGGUGGCCAUCAUUUAUCCGACCAGCACACCCAGCCACCUGAGGUCUGCCCUCUGAUGGGCAGGCACCACUGGCCGCAUCCGGUGUCCCUGCGUCCACUCACUGGCCCCAGGUCAGGCUUGCAGGGGGCCUGGCAAGGAAGGGAAGGCCCAGGCGAGGGAACCAGACCUCAGGGAGGCACACCCCCGCUGCCCACGGUGCAGAACGUCCGCACUAACGGAGGGUGGAGAGCUGGGCUGCAUCUGGCUCCUGCCCCCUGUGCCACCCCUCACACCAGCCACGGGUCCGCGGACGCCCAGCACAGGCCCGGCCCCUGGGCUGGCGAAGCUCCAGGCCCCAUGAGCUGACAGGCAGCCCCGCUUCUGCGAUAGGCGUGUGUGCUCAGCUGCGCAGGGCCUGGGCAGUCCGCCUCCUCUCCGAGUCUCAGUUCCUUCAUCUGACACAUGGGCGAUGGGAGGGCCCAUGAGACGGUGGAAGUGAGGGCGCCUGGCAGCGCAACAGAUUGUGGCCCAGAAGAAGAUGACCCAAGCGCUGUUGCUGAAAUUUGGCAGGAAUGCUGGCAAGUCCACCAUCACGGUGAUAGCCGAGGACAUCUCUGCAAACAACGGCUACGUGGAGCUCUCCUUCCGGGCCAGGAAGCUGGACGACAAGGACCUCUUCAGCAAGUCGGACCCCUUCCUGGAAAUGUACCGGGUCAAUGACGACCAGAGUGAGCAGCUGGUGUACAGGACGGAGGUGGUGAAGAACAACCUGAGCCCCGCGUGGGAGCCCUUCAAGGUGUCGCUGAACUGCCUGUGCAGCUGCGAGGAGACGCGGCCUCUGAAGGGUCUCGUCUGGGACCACGACUCCCGUGGGAAGCACGACCUCAUCGGGGAGUUCGCCACCACCUUCGCAGAGAUGCAGAAGGCCUUUCGAGAGGGCCAGGCCCAGUGGGACUGCAUGAACACCAAGUACAAGCAGAAGAAGCGAAAUUACAAGAACUCUGGCGUGGUCAUCUUGGCGGACCUGAAGGCCCUGCUGACGCUGCUGCCUGGAAGCUCCACAGGGUGCACUCUUUCCUGGACUACAUCAUGGGCGGCUGCCAGGUCCACUGCACGGUGGCCAUCGACUUCACAGCCUCCAACGGUGACCCCCGGAACAGCUGCUCCCUGCAUUACAUCAACCCCUUCCAACCCAACGAGUACCUGCAGGCCCUGGUGGCGGUGGGCGAGGUCUGCCAGGACUACGACAGUGACAAGAGGUUCUCUGCUUUGGGGUUUGGAGCCCGGAUCCCUCCCAAGUUUGAGGUGUCCCAUGACUUUGCCAUCAACUUCAACCCCGAGGACGAUGAGUGCGAAGGUAGGAGCGCGAGGGGGGCUGGGGCAGGGCUGCAGCGGCCACACUCCCUCCUCCCCCCCCCCAGGAAUCCAGGGCGUGGUGGAGGCCUACCAGAACUGCCUGCCCAGGGUCCAGCUUUAUGGCCCCACCAACGUGGCACCCAUCAUCUCCAAGGUGGCCCGCAUGGCGGCGGCUGAGGAGCGCACCGCGGAGGCUUCUCAAUACUACAUCCUGCUCAUCCUGACGGACGGCGUGGUGACCGACAUGGCGGACACGCGAGAGGCCAUCGUGCGUGCCUCCCACCUGCCCAUGUCUGUCAUCAUCGUGGGCGUGGGCAACGCUGACUUCACGGACAUGCAGACCCUGGACGGGGACGCCGGUGUCCUGUGCUCCCCAAGGGGCGAGCCCGCAGCCCGAGACAUUGUGCAGUUCGUGCCCUUCCGGGAACUCAAGAACGCGUCCCCUGCAGCGCUGGCCAAGUGUGUGCUGGCUGAGGUGCCCAAGCAGCUGGUGGAAUACUACAGCCACAAGGAGCUGCCUCCGCGAGGCCUCAGCGCCCACGCCCGAGAUGGUGGGCCAGGCUGCGUGCCAUGCGGACGCCCGGAGAGAGCUGGGCAGCUGGGGGAGCAUCCCAUCUCCAGCGCCCCUGGGGUCCCUUAAGCCGCUCCCGCCCCCCGACCUCCCAGAGGCACCCUGUCCCCCAGCGCGGGCCCACCCCCCAUCAUCCUGGAAUUCUGCUGCUUAGGCCAGCCUCUGCAGACCCCAAAGCUGAAGGAUAAAAAUCCAGGCCCUGGGGAGCACAGCAGCAGGGGGGCUGGCGGCAGCCCCCAGUGCCUGGCCCUGCCCCAGGAGAAGAGCAGGAGGGGCCUGGGGGCUCCCUGUUUUCAGCUGGUCUUCAUGGGCAGGGGCCAGCAGGCUGCAUCUCAGUCCCUGAGCAAACCCGGACGCCCCAGGCCCCGUCCCCAGUCAGGUUGCCCCUUGUCCCGGCUUGCGCCCCCACCUCUCCCCUCCCUGCCCCUCAGUGGGUGGGGGCUCAGGCCUAAUAAAUUGUCAUCUUUCCCUUGCA